GUCGAGCGCGUCGGAGCCCGGCCCCUCUGCCCUUUCCUCUGUGUGGCUCAGCGCUGCUCUGCUGCCUGUCGCCCCCGCUUCCAUGUCCCUGGUGGGCGCCGCACCCCGGAACGUUCCACGCCCAUGGCCUCUCACUCCAGGGAGUCGUGUUUCUCUACUUGCUUGUCGAGCAGCUGCGACACAGACGACGAGGGUGUGCGCGGCACCUGCGAAGAUGCUUCUCUGUGCAAGAGGUUUGCGGUAAGCAUUGGCUACUGGCAUGACCCAUACAUCGAGCACCUUGUGAGGCUGUCUAAAGAGAGGAAGGCUCCCGAAAUUAACAGAGGAUAUUUUGCUCGAGUCCACGGUGUCAGCCAGCUUAUAAAGGCUUUUCUCCGGAAGACAGAAUGUCACUGUCAGAUACUCAACCUUGGGGCUGGGAUGGAUACUACCUUCUGGAAAUUAAAGGAUGAAGGUCUUCUCCCAAAGAAAUAUUUUGAAGUCGACUUUCCAAUGAUAGUCACAAGAAAGCUGCACAUCAUCAAAAGCAAGCCUCUCCUGUUCAAACCCAUUGUAGAAUUACAUUCAGAGGACCGGCUCAAGAUGGAUGGACAUGUACUGGAUUCUAAGAGAUAUGCCAUCAUUGGAGCAGAUCUCCGAGACCUCUCUGAACUGGAAGAGAAACUAAAGAAAUGUAACAUGAAUACACAAUUGCCAACACUCCUGAUAACUGAAUGUGUGCUAGUUUACAUGACUCCAGAGCAGUCGGCGAACCUCCUAAAGUGGGCGGCCAGCAGUUUUGAGACGGCCAUGUUCAUAAACUACGAGCAGGUGAACAUGGAUGACCGGUUUGGACAAGUCAUGAUUGAAAACCUCCGGAGACGACAGUGUGACCUGGCGGGUGUGGAAAUCUGCAAGUCCUUAGAGUCACAGAAAGAACGGCUGUUGUUGAACGGGUGGGAGAUGGCGUCAGCAGUGAACAUGAUGGAGCUGUACAGCACACUACCGAGAGCAGAGGUGAACAGAAUAGAAUCCCUCGAGUUUCUGGAUGAAUUGGAGCUUCUGGAGCAGCUCAUGCAGCAUUACUGCUUGUGCUGGGCGACCCGAGGAGGCCAGGAUCUGGGUUUGAAGGAGAUAACCUAUUAAUCUGUUGAAGGCUUGUGUGUAGACGGAAGCUGAAGUCUGUAGCCAAGAAGAUGCCCUGGGCGUCCUGAGGGAUGGGUAGGCCUCAUACUACACCCUGACCUUGAUGGUUAUACCAGAUCCUGUUCCUGUUACUUAUCAUUGUUUCAAUAAAUCUCACUUGCCAGUUG